AGCGCUUAAAGCUUUUACAUGACGAUUCUCUGUGUUCGUGACAGUGUGAGCAAAUGUUGGUAAGAUUAGAGAAAUCUGAUCAUUAAAUUCUGAUUUGGCUGCUUCUAGUAAAGUAUCUGUGUGGGAGAGACAAAGAGAGGCGCUGGAGAAUUUACCUGUGCUUACUUAUAUUGCUGUGAAUGACUGCUUUGCAUAACCGCUGCUUUGUGUGUAUGUGCUAUCUUGCGCUUGGGGAAAAAUGACAUAGCCUAUUGACCUCUAGAAAUUUCGUAGGUUAACUUGAGGCAGGCGACGGAUCGGAAAAUCUAAAGUAUGGGCGCUGUAGGCUGCAUUCGGAUAAAAUAAAUUUAAGGCUGUGUAAGUUCUGUGUCGACGCUGGAAAAUUUGGUCCAGGUAUUGAGCAGGGUCACUGAACCAUACCUCAUUGAGCGGCUGUUAAAUUAAAGGGAAAGACGUACGGUACCGGUGUCGGUAGACAGUGCGGCCUCGCUGCAACGGGUUGUGAAAUUCGGACAAUUCGACCUGCUCGAUAGAAUCGAAAUUUAUUAGGCACUGUAGGCUUAUGCAAUGUAUGGGGAAUCUACAUUAAGCUUGGAACGAUUCAACCCAAGUGUAGAGUUUCCCAUGGUUUGUGAGGCCUGGUAACAUAGGGAUAACCGGUAAAAGCGAUUUGUGUUGAUUGCGUGUUGAACUACAGUGUGUCGACGUGUCAGUAUUGUGCAAGUAUAGUUAAGUUGGGGUGAGUGUAUGUUUUAGUAUAUGUUAAUGCUUUUAAGGAUAGUGUGAUAAGUGUUAAAAUGUUGUGGGGUUAAUAAUUAAUAGGUGUCGUGGUAAUAACAUUUUUUGAGUUUGUGUCGGGAAAAGAAAAAACCUUGAGUGUGUGUUAAUAAUUAACGGUGUGCGUUUCGUCCUUUGGAGCAGAGAGAGUGUGUGUAACGGGGAGAUAAAGCCUCACUGUUCAGUGUCUGUGUGUGUGUUUGUUUGUUUAUGUCAACAGUCUGGGGAGAGCCGUUGGGUGAGUGCUGUCUAGAUUAAACAUUUUUUGCAACAUUUUAACAUUUCUAUCAUUCUAUCAUUUUUGGUAAUUCUAAUAUUUUUUAGUGUCCGGUGUGGACAUUGUGGUAAUUAUUGUUUGAAGUAAUUUGUGUAGGUUAGACCGACGUUUCCGCACUGUGGUUGGGACUGGUUAAGCAGGUCACAGAGAGUGUGCAGAUCGUGGCCGUUCUUUAAUUAAAAAGAAAAAGGGGGAAGCAGUGGGGACUGCUAAAUUGGUUGGGACUCCAAAUUGGGCCCGGAGACUAGCUUUGUUCCUCUUCGAGUGUUCACCUCUCCUGUCUGUGUGUGUAUGUGUCACAACUGUCAAGAGCAUUAGGCUCGAGAGUGUGUGUCUUAGUAUACAGAGCUAUAGGCUCUGGGUGUGUGUGUGUGUGUGUGUGUGUGUGAAUGUGUGAGCGAGUGAGAAAAGAGGUGACGUAUCAUAUUGAUCAUUUUUGAGUUAUAGAGGUGUGCAGAGACAAAGUCGCUGGAAAAUAAGGUAAAUGAAAAAUAAGUGAAAUUAUAAAAAUAAUAGAAGUAAAAUAAAGUCAUAAAAAAAUCACUUUCAUUCUCAAUAACAUUCAUUUCUGGUUGUUUGCACAAUUCAUAGCAUACAUUUCACCAGUGCUUUUUCUCAAGCUAAUUCUUAAUUCUUAAUUCUUAAUAAUGGCCGCACUCAAAGACACGUCUCCAGUUGCGAUCUUGGGGAGAAAACAUCCUCUCCUUUCUCAGGAGAUUGAGAAGUAUUUCCAAGAAAUGGAAUAAGCGGACGGGGUAAAGCUCCGUCACCCUGGCCAUCAGAUGGAACAUUCGAUCAUGAGCAAUGUGUGGAGAUGGAAGUGUUAAUAAAAAAUUAUAAAAGAUAAAUCUGCCAAGCGACUGUGUAAACGUGAGCGUGAGGUUGCAAUGCUAAAGCUAUUCACAGAUCAAGCCCAACUCCUGAGGGAGAAAACAGCUGAAUAUGUGAAAAAACAGAUUGAGCGGAGAUCAGACUAUUAGGAGACUAUUCACUUAGGUCCGGUAAAUCAGGUAAAAGCAUCUAUCCUAUUGAGGAGUUAAACAAGGUCAGGGAGAGAGAGGCAGUGUUAGAUGACAUAGACGACUUGCCCGCCACGUAUGCUAAAGCAGUUCAGCUUGCAGGGAAAGACACUCAUCGUAUUAGUGGCUUACAUGAUAAAGUAAUGCAUGACAUAAAACAAUGUGAGUGUGCAGAGGACGGCAGCGAGGGCGAGGAGCAAGGCGAAGAAGAAGGAGCAACUGGGGAGAGUGAAAGAGUCCGAAGAUCCCUGGCAGAGGUACAGUACUCUAAAUUGCCAGAUCCAAACAUGGUCUCUACCCCUCGCUAUCUACAGGCUGGUGCUAAGCCCAAGCAGCCCAGGAUGAAGGAAAAGAUGCCCCCGGCAGUGAAGUAGUAUAGGAGCACGGACCGAUGGAAGGCGUCAUCACGCUCAGCUCCAAGGGACAUCCAGUGUCAGCAGAGGUAGUAGAGGAGGUGUCCGAAUACCCUCUGCUGGCCAAAGGAGCGAAUCUGCAGUAUGUGCCCAGGCCAACAAUGGAUCUGGAAGGGCUGCUGCAGAGACUGCCAUGUCUGUAUGAUGGCGCCGGGAAAUGGGUAGCAGCCUUCGAAGAAGAAACCAUAGCCACCAUCCUGGCAGUGGGUGACCUCAAGGCCCUCCUUGGAAAGGUGCUGGGGAAGCAGGAGAUGGAGGAGACGCUGAGAUCGACACAGAUGAAUGCAUAUGCAGGUACGCAAGCACACGAUGGAGAGUUGUUCAACAUGCAUCGCAAUGUGCUGUGGACAGCUCUGAGACUUCGUUAUCCAACCAGAAUUCAACCUGAUAGCAUUGUAGCUGUGCCAAUAAAAGAUGAUGAGAGCCCACAAGCCUAUGUUCACCUCACUCGAAAAGAAUGGAUUAGACAAACAGGUGGAAGACCUGAUGAGGACAUUUUCCAUAGGCAGGCUCUCAGAAAAAGAAUUGUUGAUGGUUUGCCCUUGCCUGCACAGAGUAAGCUGGGAGAUGCAGUGGGGCUAUACACCAUGCCCUUUGAGCAAUUCAUCGACCAUGUGAUCGAUGCUGUGACCAAAAUUCGUUCUGCUGCGCUCCGUCAGAAGCAGCAGGAUGAAGAGACGGUGAGAAAACUGACCCGGCAGCAGCUAACUGAAGGGAGGAAAAAGAUUCAAGCAGGCGUUCAGCCUGUGGCUGCAGCUGGACAUGCACCUCCCCCCACCAUCACAGCUCCACCUGCUGUCCAGCCACAAGUGAUCUAUGUCCAGUCAGGAGGCUGGAGAGGCGGCCCACCAAGGAUGAGAGGGGGAGCCGCGAUUGGUAGAGCAAGGGUGAUGUGGGGUAAUCAAGAAAAUGAGGUAAGGUUCUAUCGCUGUUGGAGAGUCGGACACAUGAGACGUCAGUGUUACGGGUCGAUGCGCCAGAUCCCACAAGGAGCACCACGGCAGAUAGGACUCACCAGUCCAUGGCAGGGUCUUCCUGCUGGAUACUAGGGGUGCCCUGAGGAUGAGGGGAAUCCGGGAGGGGAGUGUCAGUUGCCAUUAAAAUCUGUCUCGAGCCCUGAUGAGGAGCCUCUGGUGCCGGUAAAUGUAGCCGGUAAACCUAUGAACAUGAUGGCUGACUCUGGAGCUGCUUAUACUUGUGUAAGCAACGCUGAUGCUGACCACCUCCCAAGAUGUGGACAAUUCAAUUCAAUUCAAUUCAAUUUUAUUUAUAUAGCGCCAAAUCACAACAAAGUUAUUUCAAGGCACUUUACAAAGUAAGGUUUAAAACCUCACACAACUAAACCCAACAAAUCCCACAUACAGCAAGCAUUUAAUUUGACAGCAACAGUGGAGAGGAAAAACUCCCUCUCUAACGAGGAAGAAACCUCCAGCAGAACCAGACUGGAUGUGGGCGGCCAUCUGCCUCGACCGUUGGGGUGAGAGGAUAGAGAGAUAGAAAAGCACAGCAACAGCAACAAGCAACAACAGAGCACAGGCAGGAUGGUAGGACCAGGGACUGGAUGCAGGCAGGAUGGUUGGAUCCGCAGCUGCCCAUCACAGACACCAAACUUUGAGUCCAAUGAUACCUGUAGGUGAGGACAGAGAGGGAGAAAGAGUGGGGGUGGGGGGGGGGAGAAGCACAACUACUGGGCAGAAAGAGACAAGGUUAGUUAAACAUGGGACAAUGAUGGGAGGUUAUUGGACAGAGGAGGUAGAAGGAAACAGAGGAGCUCAGUGUAUAAAUUAAGUCCCCCAGCAGUCUAUGUCUAUUGCAGCUUAACUAAGAGAUGGUUCCUGUGACUAACAAUAAUUGCCAGUGACCUGAACCAUCUCUAACUAUAAGCUUUAUCAAAAAGGAAGGUUUUAAGCCUAAUCUUAAAGGUGGAGAGUGUGUCAGCUUCUCGAACCUGAAGAGGGAGCUGGUUCCAGAGGAGAGGAGCUUGGUAGCUAAAAGCUCUGCCCCCUGUUCUACAUUUAAACACUCUAGGAACCACAAGUAGCCCAGCGCUCUGAGAAUGAAGUGUUCUGCUGGGAGCAUAAGGAACUAUAAGGUCUUUAAGAUAAGAAGGAGCUUUAUCAUUGAGUACUUUGUAUUUGAGUAGGAGAAUUUUAAAUUCUAUCAAACAUUUUACAGGCAGCCAGUGCAGAGAAGCUAAUGUAGAAGAAAUGUGAUCUCUCUUUCUAAGUCCUGUCAGAACUCUGGCCGCAGCAUUUUGAAUGAGCUGUAGGCUUUUUAAGGAGCUGUUAGGACAUCCUAUGAGUAAGCAGUUACAGUAGUCCAGCCUAGAGGUAACAAAUGCAUGGAUCAGUUUCUCUGCAUUGCUCUGAGAGAGGAUGCUUCUGAUUUUAACUAUAUUUCUAAGGUGGAAGUAGGCGGUUCUGGAGAUUUGUUUAAUGUAUGAUGUAAAAGAGAGAUCCUGGUCAAACAUGACUGUGGUUCCUCACAGUAGAAUCUGAAGCUGAUGUUAUGCCAUCCAGGGUGGCUAUCUGACUCAAUAGUGUCUCUCUCAGAUUUUUAGGCCCAACAAUAAGAAUCUCGGUUUUAUCUGAGUUUAGUUGAAGGAAGUUUUGGGACAUCCAGGAUUUGAUGUCUUUUAAACAACCCUGAAUUUUGACUAGUUGAUCUGUUUCAUUUGGUUCCAAGGACAAAUAUAGCUGAGUAUCAUCUGCGUAAAAAUGAAAAUUAAUAGAAUGCUUUCUAAUAAUCUCACCUAGAGGAGACAUGUAUAGGCUAAACAGAAUUGGACCCAGCACAGAACCCUGUGGAACUCCAUAGCUAAUCUUUGUGCAUGUGGAGAAUUCCUCAUUAACAUGAACAAACUGGAAUCUGUUCAACAAAUAGGAUUUAAACCGUCCCAAUGCUGUUCCAUUAAUCCCGAUUCUAUGUUCUAGUGUCUGUAAUAGAAUGUUAUGAUCAAUUGUAUCAAAUGCAGCACUAAGAUCUAACAGGACAAGGACAGAAACUAGACCAUUGUCCGAAGCUAAUAGAAGAUCAUUAGUGACUCUAACCAGAGCUGUUUCUGUGCUAUGAUGUUUUCUAAAUCCUGACUGAAAAUCUUCAUACAGGUUAUUCCCACUCAGGUGGUCAGAUAAUUGUUUAGCCACGAUUUUUUCCAGAAUCUUGGAAAUAAAGGGUAAAUUUGAAAUGGGCCUAUAGUUGGCUAGUUGUCCAGGGUCAAGGGUUGUUUUUUUCAAUAGAGGUUUGACCACAGCCACCUUAAAAGCCUGUGGUACAUAGCCUAGUUGUAAAGAUUGGUUGAUUUGAUUUAAUAUGGAUGAGCUGAUUAAAGGUAGAACUUCUUUGAGUAAUCUGGUUGGGAUUGGAUCUAAAAGACAAGUGGACGACUUGGAAGAGUUAAUUAUUGAGGUUAACUCCAUAUGAGUUAUGGGGAAGAAGCUGUCUAGGUAAGACAGAGGAUUUAAUAAAUUUAAAGUUGAUGGAUCUAGACAGUGCUUUCUGUCAUUUGGAAGAAGUCGCUGCUGAAUGUUUUUUCUAAUGAUGAUAAUUUUAUUAGUAUAGUAGUUCAUAAAGUCAUUGCUGCUGAGAUUUAAGGGGAUAGUAGACUCAAUACAGCUAUGACUCUUUGUCAGCCUGGCUACAGUGCUGAAAAGAAACCUGGGGUUGUUUUUGUUUUCCUCAAUUAGGGAGGAAUAAUAUGUUUUUCUAGCAGUACAAAGUGCUUUUUUAUAUUUCAUUAGACUGUCCUUCCAUGCAAUGCAGUUUACAUUUAUUUUGUUGGAACGCCACUGUCUUUCUAGUUGUCUAGUCCUUUGCUUUAGGCUGCGGAUGUCUGAGUUAUACCACGGAGCUAACCUCCUCUGAUUUACUGUCUUCUUCUUCAGAGGAGCCACUGUGUCUAACAUUGUACAUAGAGAAGCUGCAGCAUCAUCUACAAGACAGUCAACCUGUUCAUAAGGAUUAAGGUGACUGUUCUCUGUGUAUCUACAAGACAUUGAGGCAAAAGAUGAUGGAAUCAUCUGCUUGAAUCUGGCAACAGCGUUGUCAGAUAAACAUCUGCUAUAGUAACAUUUCUUUCCAGCUGUUAUAGGGUCAGUUGUGCUAAAUUCAAAAGUUAAUAAGAAAUGGUCAGAUAACAGAGGGUUUUGGGGAAGAACUAUUAAAUUAUCAAUUUCAGCCCCAUAUGUCAGGACAAGAUCUAGGGUGUGGUUAAAACGAUGAGUGGGUUCAUUUACCUGCUGUGUAAAACCAAUAGUGUCUAUUAAGGAGUUAAAAGCAGUGCUGAGACAGUUGCUGUCAACAUCUACAUGAAUGUUAAAGUCUCCCACUACAAUGACUUUAUCUGUGCUAAGAACUAAGUCAGAUAAGAAUUCAGAGAAUUCAGUUAAGAACUCUGAAUAUGGAGCAGGAGGACGGUAAACAAUACAAAACACAACUGGUUUCUGAAUUUUAGAGUCUGGGUGAGAAAGGCUCAGAGUGAGGCUCUCAAAUGAGUUAUAACUAUGUUUAGGUUUAGGAGUAAUUAAUAAAUCUGAUUUAUAAACUGCUGCUACUCCUCCACCUCUACCUGUACAUCUUGGAACAUGAUAGUUGAUGUGACUCAUUGGAGUCGACUCAUUUAAAGUAACAUAUUCAUCCUGCUGCAGCCAGGUUUCAGUGAGACAGAACAGAUCUAUGUGAUGGUCACUUAUCAAGUCAUUUAUUAAAAAGGAUUUAGAUGAGAGAGAUCUGAUAUUUAAUAAACCACACUUUAUUAGCUUACUGUUACUUUGUUCUGUAAGAGGAACUGUUUUGAUGUUUAUUAAAUUCUGGUAAGUCACUCCUCUUUUAUGUGUGUGUGACUUGUAUAGUUUAGGUGGUCGAGAAGCAGACACAGUCUCUAUGCGAUAACUAAGACUAAGAGUGUGUGGCGGCUGUAGAGAACAUGCAGAGAGGCGUAUAAGACUGCUACUGUGCGUCCUGGGCUCCACUCUGAGUUGUCAAGCAGUGGGGGGACUAAGCAACAUGGCCAUGUUACUAGAGAGCAGAGAGGCUCCGUUCAACGUGGGAUGGACGCCGUCUCUUCUAAUCAGCCCAGGUUUUCCCCAAAAAGUGUUCCAAUUAGCCACAAAGCCCACACCGUUUGCAGGACACCACCUAGACAACCAGCGGUGGAGCGAUGACAGCCGGCUAUACAUGUCAUCGCUGGUCACAUUGGGGAGGGGUCCAGAGAAAACUACGGAGUCCGACAUUGUUUUGGCGAACGAACACACCGACUCAAUGUUAGUUUUAGUGACCUCCGAUUGGCGUAACCGGGCGUCAUUAGCUCCUGCGUGUAUUACGAUCUUAGCGUACUUACGCUUAUCCUUAGACAGGAGCUUAAGAUAAGACUCAAUGUCGCCCGCUCUGGCCCCAGGCAAACACCUAACUAUGACCGCUGGAUUCUCUAACUUCACGUUUCGGACUAUGGAGUCACCAAUGAUCAGAGUGGGUUUCUCAGCGGGUGUGUCGCUGAGUGGGGAAAAUCUGUUUGAAACGUGAAGUGGUUGGUGGUGAACCGUGGGCGCCUGCCUAAAGCUACGUUUCUUACGAGCCGUGACCCAGUCGUUGCCCAGCUGCCUGGGACCUGCCGGGGGACUGGUAGCAGCUAAGCUAGGAGGCUCCACGCCGGCUGAAGGGACCUGGCUAGCUGGCCUGUUUUCUAAAGUGCGAAGCCGAGACUCUAAGUCUAACAACCUCGCCUCCAACCCUGCAACUAGCGUACACCUAUUACAGAUACCAUUACCAUCACUAAAGGAGGCAGAGGAUAAGCUAAACAUAAGACACACCGAGCACCGAACAGAGCGAGAGGGAGAGGAAAAGGGGGAAGCCAUAGCAGGAAAGUAAGCUAGGAGCUACGCUAGCGGAGAAAACACUUAGAUAACAGUGUAAAUUAGCAGGACGUUUAAUGAAAGGAAAAGAUGCUUGAGAGUUACAAGCUUGUUUUGCAACUUUUAGCAGUCGCUAUCAGAUAUAAAACGAUAAUAUUUAGAAAAGAGCGGAGAGUAACGCUGUACACACGCAGGGGCACCAAACCUCAGUAACCGGAAGUGACGCGAUACGCUUACCGUCAGUCAGCCAACCCAAUCUGCGGAUUCGAACCAAUGGAUCUGAGAGAAAACUGAUGCAAACAGAUUGAGACGAUGAAUCUGUGCCUCCUGUGAGGCACAGAUUCAUCUUUCAUAUGUGCGGAUUGUUGGAUUCUCAGGGACAAAGCAGCUGAUUCCCCGAUCUGAACAGAUUCCUCUGCAGUUCCAAGAAAGAACAGUGGAACUACCUGCAUUAAUUUCAGAUCAAACACCUGUGAAUUUACUCGGACGAGACGCUUUAUGUAAACUAGGCUGUGCCAUUUUGUGUACACCAGAUGGAGUGAUUGUCGACACAGCACAGUGUCAAAUGACUGUGAAAAAAGACAAAGAAAUGGUGUACUGGCUUGGAAACAUCGAUGAGACAUUCAUGAACGCUGCUGAAAAAUGGAUGGACUUUAUUAAAGCCAACAUGCCUGAAGCGUCCCACUCUGCGUGUCCUCCUCAUUGCACACUUCAGUAUUUUAAAACAGAAUCUGAGGAGGCCCAACCAGCUGAUUGGAUAAAACAACAGCCAAAGAAAAUCUCCAUCCAAUCUGCUUUUAUUGUCCUGGGAAGACAGGGAGCAGCAAUGACGGUAGAAAAAGGCGAGUACUUAGAACAGGAAUUUAAAUUAACAAAUAGCAAGCCGCAUGUUUCUUUCUUAGUAAAUCCAGGGUACGAGCCAAAGCAUUUGGGACAGAUGAUCGUGGAAUCGAAGCAGGCUAAGUUUAGACCCACUGAAAAUAACAACAUUUGGGUCAGUGAAGAUAAUUUUUUCUUAAAAAUAGCUAUUUCUGCUUAGGGUUGGGCUUCCCCACAAGUCAUCAGCCUUCUGUGUCAGACUGUGUUUUGUCAUCAACAUUCUGAGUUACAGAAGGAGAUGGUGGAACAAGUACCCGAGAAGCUCUGGUCCAAACAUGACGCUGAUGUGGGCUUAAUUAAGUCCGCACAGCCGCUGGAGGUGCACCUAAAACCUGGUUGCAAGCCUCCCUGGAAGUCACAAUAUCCAUUACAACCUGAAGCUGAGGCUGGAAUUCAGCCAACCAUCCAAGGUCUGUUGGAUGCAGGUGUACUUGUGGAGGAGCAGAACCCAUGUGGUAACACACCCAUAUAUCCUAUCAAAAAGGCGGACAGGGAAAGGUUUAGGCUAGUGCAUGACCUUAGAGCAUUAAAUGAAGUAGUUGAGGAUUAUCCGGCUGAAGUGCUGAAUCCACACACGUCGUUGUCAAAUGUUCCACCGGAUGCAAAGUGGUUUACUGUGGUUGAUUUGUGUUCUGCAUUUUUCAGCGUCCCAGUGAGUGAGUACAGCAGACAUCUUUUUGCUUUCACUUACAGAGGACAGUCUACACAUACACUAGGUUGCCACAUGGAUUCAAGCUCAGUCCACACUUAUUUAACAGUGUUAAAGGAGGACAUGGAAGAUUUGGCCGGUAAAAUAAAAAGCACUGUCCUCGAGUAUGUUGAUGACAUCAUCCUCUGUGCACCUGACCAAGAAACAUGCCAUGAAGAUUCUAUCACCUUAUUGACCUUAUUAGCUGAAAGGGGUCAUAAAGCUUCACUUAAGAAACUGCAGUACUGUAAAGAUCGUGUAGAGUAUUUGGGGAGAGUGAUUGCGGAGGGGACCAGGUCGGUGUCUCCAGAUCAUCUGAAAGCUGUGUCUCAAGCACCCAGGCCGACCACAGUCCGAGAGAUGUUGACAUUUUUAGGACUGACAGGAUAAAGCUCGGAGUGGAUUGAUGGUUACUCUUCCAUUGUCCAGUCGCUACAAAACAUGGUAAAAUCUAAAGGAGCUGGAUGGACCCCAGAGGGUCACAUGGCUUUUGAGACUAUUAAGUUGAUGUUGCAGCAAGCCCCAGGCUUGGCUCUUCCAGACUAUGAGAAAACAUUUUUGUUGUAUGUCUCUUGUCGACAAGGUCAUGCAUGCGGAAUGUUGGCACAGAGGACUGGAGUUGGAACGCACGCUCAGCCAAUAGCAUACUACUCCGUGGCCCUGACUCCAGUGGAGCUGGGUUUGCCGACUUGUUACCAGCAUUUAGCUGCGGCUCAUCUGACGUAUGAGAAAGCUUCAGCUUUGAGCAUGGGUUAUCCUAUAGACAUCUUGUCUCAUCACAAGCUCGCAAAUUUGAUUAAAAGAGGUAAGUUUGUGCUAAGUGCACCACGCCUCAGUGAUUAUCACAGACUCCUAGAAUAUCCAGAUGUGACGAUGCGUAUCUGUAAGGUUAAGAAUCCGGCAGAUGCGGUUCCUUUGCCUCAUGAGGGGGAAGAACAUGAAUGUUUAGCUGAAGCAGAGCGAUAUGCUAAGCUAUGCUCCGAUUUGAGUGCUGUUCCAUUGCAAAAAGUGGAUGUGACUUUGUUUGUGGAUGGAUCAUGCUAUAGGCAUGGUCAGGAUCUUAAAGCAGGGUUUGCAGUGGUGCAAGAGAAGAACAGGAGCAUGGAGGUGAUGAUCGCGCAGGAGUGCUCUCAGCCUUGCUCGGCCCAACUAGCAGAACUGAAAGCGUUGACAGCUGCUUGUGAGUUAGCAGCAGGUAAGCGAGCCAAUAUAUACACAGACUCAGCAUUUGCCCAUGGUGUGUGUCAUUUGUUUGGAGCAGCCUGGAGAGGCAGAGGCUUCAAGAAGACUGAUGGGUCCCAAGUGACACAUGGUGAGCAAAUAAAACAGUUGCUACUAGCCAUGAUGAAGCCGCAGCUCUGGGUAUCAUCAAGUGUGUAGCUCAUAAACAAGAUGAUUCUCUGAUUACCCAGGGAAAUGCAGCUGCAGACCGGGCAGCUAAGACUGCAGCGAAUGCUGAAGCUACGGCUAUUUUAGCAGUUCCUGCUGCAGAUGAUGAAGAUCAAAUAACCUCCAAAGAUUUGUCUUUGUUGCAGAAAGAGGUACCAGAGGCUGAGAGGCAGCUCUGGGUCGAGAGAGGAGCCGUUCAAGGUGAUGACGGCUUAUGGAGGAACCACGAGGGACUGUUAAUAGCCCCGAGUGGACUGUUGUCAUUGCUGAUAAAUGAAGCACACGGUUUGAGCCAUGAGUCCAGAGGUGAGAUUGUGAGACGAAUCAAGAAGUGGAACUUUUGGGCUCCCAAGCUUUAUCAGUAUGUUGAUGAGACCAUAAGUCGGUGUGAAACAUGUCUUAAAUGUAACAUCAGGCGGGGUAUUGUACCUUGCGACCGGUACAAGGUAAGCGUUACCUUCUGGUUGUGAUUGAUCGUUUUAGCCGUUGGGUUGAGGCACAUCCCGCGAAACACAAAACCGCAGAGACAGUAGCAAAAUUUCUGUGUCGAGAAGUUAUUUCAAGAUUUGGCAUUCCCUUAAAAAUCAGUUCAGACAACGGGAAAGAAUUCGUAGAUAAAACAGUAAAGUGUGUUCUGCAGAAACUCGGAGUAAAACAGAGGUAUGGCAUUGUUUACUGUCCCACCUCACAGUCUGAUGUUGAGAGAUGCAAUGCGAUUCUAAAAAGCAAAUUGCUUAAAAUCUGCAUUUCGACAGGUUUGAACUGGAUUGACGCUUUGCCGCUUGCUCUCAUGGCCUGUAGAGCAAGUGCUCACAGGACAUUAAAGCUAACACCGUAUGAAGCUUUUCUAGGCCGACCAAUGUCUGUGCCAGCUUAUCGAGCAGUGAAAGGUCCAUCCUUGGACAUUCUAACAAACGACAUGAGGGUGUAUGUGAAGCAAAUGACUAAUAUACACAGGAGUAUUUCCUCCUGUGUUGUGUCUUUACAGGCAAAGGAGAUUCUGGAGGAGCCAGAACCAAAAGUGAAACCAGGAGAUUUGGUGUACGUCAAAGUGUUCGGGAGGAAGUGGGACCACGCCAGACGAGAAGGUCCCUACACGGUCGUCAAAGCAACUGCAAGAGCGGUUUAAGUUCAAGGAUCUCCUACCUGGUACCAUCUGAAUCACUGUGUUAAAGUACCUGAGGGGGAAAUAGGGAAACGAGCCAAAGAAGAACAAGAUGAAGAAGGAUAGACAAAAGGAGUGAUCUUAUCCCUCAUGUUGCUUGUGAUGUUGGACGGGAUGCAGGUGCCUCACCAUCCAGGGUCCUCCGGAGUCGGAAAACCAUUAAGAAAGAGGAGAGUUAAGAGAUAUGCGAUCCAAUGGCGUGAAGAAGGUGUUCCAGUGCAGGGGUGGCCAGGCCCCCUAGAUAGGGUUUCAAACAACGUCAACUGGAAUUACACCCCGGGGGAGAUGUGGAGCGCUCAACUAAGGAAAAGAGAGUGGGAUGGCGGUAGUGAGCGUACGGGUAUUUUUGUGUAUGUUGACUCUGACCCACACGUGACAGGCUUUGACUGCGGGUUAGAUUAUGUUAGGAAUGUAAAUUGCAGUAAUUAUGUUCUCUUUCCCAGGGGAGUAGAAGGGUGCGCCAUUGGAGUAAAGGAAAGUGAGCUGAAUGGAAGCAAGUUCUGGGAUGUUAAAAUAGCAUUCCGGCCACCUCAAUGCCGUUUGGACCAGGAAGUGAGAGUAACGUGGAUAAAGAAUAUGAAAACAUACCAAGAAAGGCUUGUGGCUUUUCUGCGGCCUCCUCGAAUAAUGUCUAAUGUGCCUUGUUCACUCAGCCCAGCCAAGCCGCCUCUGCCUCCUGCGCCACCUCUGCCUCCCGGGCCUAAGAAUGAGCAAAAGGAUCCGGGAAUCCCUGACUUCAUUGGAAACCGAUUUACAUCUUUUCUUUUCUGGUUGAGUACAGAAGGUGACCUCAGGGGCAUCCGAGUGGGCCGGUAGGUUGAUGACCGGGAUGCAAGAAACAUGGUGGGGACCUGAGGAUGAGGGUGAGCCUGGGAAAAGGGAAGAGACGUUAGAUGGGCGUUUCCAGAAUAGCUGGUACAGGUGGGUUUAAUCCGCGGGUCAAAUUAAUGGGAAGACUGAUUGCUACAUCUGUACUAAGGCGCGGCCGGACCGGUUUUAUGUGAUAAACACUGUUUUCAGUUGGCAGGAAUGCGAACAGGCCUUGCGUACUAACAAACAAAAUCCUAGACCCUGGUGUAGAGCUGAAUGCUUAUUGUAUUUAGGAUCACCCUCUUUUCAGUCAUCAGUUGAUUUUUUCAUCUACGGGAAAACAAACUCUCAGCAAUGCGAAGAUUUGAAUGUGAAAAUAGGACAACACAGCGCGUUGAUGGGGAUGCCGAGUAAUGCCCCUUUAAUUCCGGUUGGUAAGUUUGAGUGUAUUGAAAGAAUGAGGUUUGUGCCUUUGGGUAAGGUUAAGCGUAGCCUCUGUUGUCAUAGGUGGGAGUUGAACACUGCUAAUUGUACAAAACCACAUCUUAAACCCGCUGCUCUCGUUUCAGGUAAACUGGGAUUGGUUUUAGUUGCAGGUUGUCCUUAUUUCGACCAGACUAUUGCUUUGGCAGAUCACUUCUGGUGGUGUGGAGGUCAACAGCUUUAUUCGACUUUACCUAUAGGAUGGGCAGGUAGGUGUGCCCGGGUACAAGUUGCACAAGAGCUGAUUGCGUUUAAAGGUGCCUGCACACGCAAAAUUCACUUUUUGGACAUUCUGGUACGUUUUUCCGACUCCCUGGGUCACGUUAAGACAUUCCUGGUGUGUGAGAAGUACGCCCCCUACUUAUUUCACAUUUUUAAGAGUUUAUCCAUCCGGUUCAAGAACCAUCGUUUCAAAUUUGGCGGACUGGGUACGUCUGCAUUCGCUUGACCAAUCACAGAACCAGCUUCGCCCCCCCAGACAAACCCGGACCCCUAAAUCUACCUGAAACAUUUCGUUUCAGUCCCUCCAGUCACAGACAAAAAAAGAAGAAGUCACUCACUGCGCAGUCUACCAUAGGAGGUGGCACUAAUGCAGCUUUCAGUUGGUUGCCACUCGCUAUUUAAAAGACAAAAAGAAGUCACUCAGGUUGAAGAAGCGCCCACUUGCUGCUUCCCCAUACGUAAGUACAUGCUUGAUACUUAUUUGAUGUAUGUACUCCAGAAGUUUCUCUGUUUAUAAUGUAGCUUCCCUCCUGUGUAAGGAGGUCAUUCACUCAGCUCACAUUGUAGCUGCUAGCGCGAUAGUAGCGCAGCGUUAGCGUCAGCUGUGUUUCUAAUUACUACCGAGCCUAUCGUGUGUAUGUUGUAGCCCGAGUAGACCCGUGAAUUUGGGUUAUUGCAAGUUCCAUCUAAGUCUAACAUGUGUGUUGUUGCUUAUCUAGUCAGCUACUUUAGCUGUAAACGUGAAGUGUUUUUUUAUACAGGCUGACGCAUGCCAGCUACCGAAACGCGAGGAGGUUGCUUCUCAUACUGACACGCGGAUACCUUGUAGAAGAGAAGAAGAGUGCUCUCCUCAGGAGCAAAGAGUGGUGUCAAGGAAAACAGCUGCAUCCUCCAUCUGUACAGCAGCUGCACUGCUUCCGAUGUCUUCCAACACGUGAAGACAAAAAAGAUCCUCACAUCUCCCCAGCCAACUGCCCAUGACUAUACCUGUUCCACUCCAGAAACUAUGCUUUCGACAUAACUAUGAAUCCUACCCGUUCAUGUUGUGGUCUGCAAAUUGAACUGUGACGGUAACUUAUUCAGCAUUAUAGUGCUGGUGCAUUGGUUAAAAAUAAAGUUGGCUUUGACUAUU